GAACUUUUGCGUACGAUCUUGAUGUUUCAGGAGUUCCUCGACGGGUUUUUCUGGUUUUGGAUUUUUUUGAUUGGGCCGAAUAGAUUUUUUAGUGAUCUAGAUGUGUUCGUUGAGAAAGUGAUUGGUGUUCGAGGGUUUUAGAGGCGUUGAAUUGUGCAUUUGUGGAUGAUUUCUGUGGGAAGUAGGGAUGGGAGGAAGGGGAUAGGGUUAGGGAUCGGUGUUGGAAAGGAGAUGGACGAGACUGAGCUUGAAGAAGGAGAAGCCAGCUGUUAUCAAAACGGUGAUGAAUCAAUCAUUGACCCUGACGUUGCUCUUUCUUACAUCGAUGAGAAACUUCAAGAUGUUUUGGGACAUUUCCAAAAAGAUUUUGAAGGUGGAGUUUCAGCCGAGAAUUUGGGAGCAAAAUUUGGUGGGUAUGGUUCGUUUUUACCUGCCUAUCAACGUUCACCUGCCUGUUUUCAUCCAAGGACUUCUCCAAAAGAUCAUAUUGACAACAUGCCCAGAUCCCCAAACAUUGUGCACCUGGAGGGUGUUCGUCAUAACUCUGUUGUUUCAUCAAAUGCCUCUGUAUCAGCAACACAUGGACUGGCUUCUGCAAGUUCUGUGUUGCUGCCUGCGGUGAGGGUUUCAUCAGUGAAGGAUUUGGUAAACCAAGAUUUGUGCAUGUCAUCUGCUCAUUGUGCUGACGUACCCAUUUCAACAUGUGAACUUAUGACCAACUCUGCCAACCCUUCGGACCAGAGAACUCUGAAAGUUAGAAUCAAAGUGGGUUCUGAUAAUUUGUCGACUCAAAAAAAUGCUGAAAUUUACAGUGGACUUGGCCUUGAUGUCUCUCCAUGUUCAUCAUUGGAUGGCAGCCCCAUUGGUAGUCACAGGUUCUCACAUGAGCACCCAAAUGGCCCAGACGAAUCUCCUACUAGUAUUCUUCAGAUUAUGACAUCAUUUCCAGUGUGUGGGAACCAGCUGGUAUCCCCUCUUCCUUAUGAUCUUAUGCAUUUUACUGACAAGGGAAGAAUUCUGGGGGACAGUAGAUCUCUAUAUAUGCACAAGGGGAGCCGGGAAAGUUCUGUUAUGUUUAUAAAUAAUUCUGAUUCUGCUAGCACUGAUCGAAAGAUUUCAGGAGAGAAAAAACUAAAGUCAUUAGGCAAAAAUGCCUUGGCAAUGGAAUUUAAUGAUGGCAAGGGUGUUGAUGCUCCAAAUAGUACUGGUGUUCUACCAAAGAAGGAAACAGAAAUUGACACAUUGGAUUGUGAGGAACUUGUUUCUAAUGCUUUGAAGCUUCCACUGCUAUCCAAUUCUUUCUGUAAGGUUGCUGACUCAGGAAAAGGUACUGCUAGUGAAGAUGAUAUCUCUAGGGUUGCUGAUAAAAGUAGGUUGAUGGAAAAAUCCUUUUCUGAUCUAGCUGAAGAGAAACCGUUGGAUCCAGUAUUCACACAAGAGAUUGGCCUGGUUGGGAAGCCCAAUGGAAAGGCUGGCGCAGAUGGAAAGAUUGUGCUAAGUAAGAAGGCAAAUUUUCAGGAUGAUGAUUCAGUUUAUCCUAGGAAAGAAGGCAAUUCCAAAGGAGAAAAAAUUGAUAUAUCUGCCAAAGCUGACACAAAUCGUUCUAAGGGAAGAAAAGCCCAUUACGCUGAACUCACAGAUCUUCAAAAGCAGAAGGCUGGUCAAAAAGCUAUAUUUCAUCAAGAGGAUGGUAUGAAACUCACUCCCACAAAGGAGCAAUCAUCCUCUGGGGGCAAGAAGAAAUCAAAAGGAAUCCUAAGUCAUGUCGCUGAAGGUGCUGAGUUGCCAAAAAAUGAUUUGAAAAUAGGUUCUUCUUUAACUCAUAAGAAUUGGAAGAGCACUACCAUUAUGUCUAGAAGUGAAGCAGAAUAUUUAAGAAAAGAUCAAGGAAAGGUAAGAGAUAGAUAUAAAGAUUUCUUUGGGGACCUUGAAUUAGAACAGGGAGAUAAUGAGAUGACUUUGGAGGAAAUGCCAUCUUCAAACAGGCUGAAGGACUCUGACGUUGUUGAGAAAAGCACAUUUCAAUUUACCAGCACAUCAAAAGAGAAACUUAAUGUUAAGAAAAAUGAUAAGCCAUUGACAUCUGAGGCAUAUUCAAAAGUGGCUGCAAAUGUGGCUCCUAUAACUGAAAAUGGGCCCAUUCCUGAUGCAGUCCCUGCCACAGGGGCUCCUGUACUCGAAGAAUAUUGGGUUUGUUGUGACAAGUGCCAGAAAUGGCGGCUUCUUCCACUCGGUAGAAAUCCUGACAGCCUUCCUGAGAAGUGGUUGUGUAGCAUGCUUGACUGGCUGCCUGGGAUGAACAGAUGCAUUGUCAGUGAGGAAGUGACAACAAAGGCUCUAACAACCCUUUACCCAGUCUCUGCUUCUGCUUCUGCUUCUGAGAGUCAAAUUUGUCGGCAAGCUCAUCCUGGCGAAGUUUUAUCUGGGGCUGAUGCUCAGCAUUUUAACCAAAGCCACCAAAAUCUUUGUUUAGAUUUUGUGGCCACUGAGGGAAAGAAGAAACAUGGACUAAAAGAUGUAUCAAAUUCAACUAUCCAAGAUGGCACCACACACUGCUCAAACCCCAUGAAGAAGAUCCCUCAAGCUACUGUGAAAAGCAGAAGCUUAAACGGUGUGAACCAGUCUCCUCCUUUGAAUGAACUUGACUUUCAGCAUUUUGGUCAGUCUAAUAGCUUGGAUAGACAGCGACAUAAGCAGAAAGAGAAGAAUAAACAACUUGAAAACUAUCCUGAUGGAGGUGAUCCCAAGAACUUGAAGGUCAGAAACAAAAGGGAGACUGGGAAAGAUUGCUUCGAAGCUUCUAAGAAAAUCAAGACAGAGGGUGUGCACCAUAAAAAUGAAGCUUUGACUUCUGAUUAUGGUGGGGAUUUUUUGAAGGGGUGUUGUAGCUCAAGUAGUGGUCUGUCAAUUAUUGCGUCGAGGAAGGAUUGGCUUAAAUAUAAUGACAGUUCUAAAGACUCAAAGUGUGGUGCAGAUGACAACUUACAACAUUUGGUUAGAAAUCCAGAAGACCAAAUUCAGAUGGUGUCAGAUGAUGGUUUGCUGCCUAUGGGAAAAUAUGGUGGUGUAGAUCUGUUGAAGAAGCGAAAGGUGAAUGCUUGCCAGGAAACUCAGAUUUAUCCUGGGUCCCUCCCUAUUGCUGGGCAUCAUCUCCAGGACAGCAGGGAUUUUACAGAAGGAACCAGCGAAAAUGAUCACAGGGAGGAAAAGAAAGCGAGGAUAACUAAGUCUGAGGGUUUAGAAACCAGCAUAGGCAAAGGCAAUGCUAGAACAGACAAAAAGGGUAGAAGGAUGAAGAACCAACAUGGACCAGAUUUAGGGAUUACUCAGUCUCAGCAAAACUUGGACACUAUGUAUUCAUUUAAAAGGGAUUUGGGAUCUGUCCGGCCUUCUCUGGCUGCCACUUCAAGCUCUUCUAAGGUUUCUGGAUCUCAUAAAAAUCAGGCCACUCUCCAGGAAGAGAAAGGCUCACCUGUAGAAUCAGUUUCUUCAUCGCCUCUGAGGAUAUCCAAUCUGGAUAAGUUUACAUCCUCAAGAAGAGAUCUGGACGACAAAGAUGAUUCUCAUGAUGUUGGGUUUUUUGCCAUGGCUAGUCCAAGAAGAUGUUCAGAUGGCGAAAAUGAUGGGAGGAAUGGAUCAGGAAUAGCCAGGAAGGAUGAAAGUUUCACUGUCAGUCAUCAUGGGUCUCUAGGGUCCUCUGUGCUUGAAUUUCACGGCAGGGAUUUGGGUCAUGCAUCACUCAGUAAAGCUAAGUCAGAGAUUUUAUCUUCCCCUGAGUUUGCAACUCGCCAUAUUUCUGAUGGUGAUGUUGAUACCUUCGGCCAAGGUACUCAAUAUGUUUGCAAACUACAUACUCCUGAUCAAUGCCGCGAUGAAGAGAUGGGGAAUGCCAAUCAGUAUCAUGCAAAUGGGUUCCAUUCAAGAAAGUCAGCUAAGGAUUCCCUUUCUCGUUCAAAAGACAAGAGUCGGAGUUUUAGAUCUGAAUUUGACAAGGGUAACGUAAAGACUUCUGAUUCUGGUAAUGAAUAUAGGGAUCAUAUACCCCAUUAUGAGGAAAAAUUGAAGGCUGGUAGAAACAAAUUUCCAGAGAAAUUUGUUGUUGUUUCAGGUAAGGAUGAAAAGCCUUUAGUCUCUAGGAAAGAUUCUGCUGGAAGACUGUUGGGUGAGAGUGCUAAAAGAGAGAAUCAGUCAGAAUUUGGAUGGCAUGCUGACUCAGAUGUUAGAGUAGAUUCUAUUUCCGGUCAGGUUCUGAAGCAGAAUAUGUUGAUGGACCAUGAUAGUGAAAGAUCUUCUAAAAGGUUCCCUGCUGAUCUAACAGAACAGGUGGAAGUCUCUGGGAGAGGGAAGCAACACUCAUUGCCACCUUCUGGAAAAGGUCAUAUUGAGACACUGAAACGUUGUCCUCAGCCAAUUCCUGGACCUCAGAAAGAAAAUGCAGCAAAUACGUUGUCUGUUGAUGCUUCUGAAGGUGAUGAUGCAUUGAAGGCACCGAAACAGAUUAAGAAAGCUGAGAACCAGAAUGGAAAUCAUCCCACCAAUUCAAGGCAUCCAACACCCAAUGGGAAAAAGGUCCGGGAUCUUGAUGCACCAAGCCCUCUUCGAAGGGAUACCUCCAGUCAGGCCGCUUCUAAUGCUGUAAAAGAGGCGAAGGAUCUAAAACACCUGGCUGAUCGUCUUAAGAAUUCUGGAUCAAAUGUAGAAAGUACAGGGCUUUAUUUUCAAGCUGUCCUCAAGUUUCUCCACGGAGCUUCUUUAUUAGAAUCUUGCAACAGUGAGAGUGCCAAACAGGGUGAGAUGAUUCAGUCAAUCCAAAUGUAUAGUAGCACCGCAAAACUCUGCGAGUUUUGUGCCCAUGAAUAUGAGAAGUCCAAAGAUAUGGCUGCUGCCGCUCUGGCCUACAAAUGCAUGGAGGUGGCCUACAUGAGAGUAAUUUAUUCCUCACAUUCCACUGCUGGCAGAGAUCAUCAUGAAUUGCAAGCAACUCUGAAAACAGUACCUCUGGGUGAGUCUCCUUCUUCCUCUGCAUCUGAUGUUGAUAACUUUAACCCAGCAACAGGGGACAAGGUUGCCGUAGCAAAGGGUGUUAGUUCUCCUCAAGUUACGGGGAAUCAUGUCAUCCCUGCACGAAACCGUUCCAGCUAUGCACGGCUACUCAACUUUACACAGGACGUCAAUUUUGCCAUGGAAGCCUCCAGGAAAGCACUAAUUGCUUUUGCAGCUGCUAAUUCUAGACUGGAAGAUGCCCAAUAUAAGGAGGGCAUCACAGCUGUUAAAAAGGCUCUUGAUUUCAACUUCCUGGAUGUGGAGGGAUUACUACGUCUAGUACGGCUUGCAAUGGAAGCAGUUAGCCACUGA